AUGCCACCCCAACUACCCACCCGCAAGCUCGGCAAGAACGGCCCCCUCGUCCCAGCAAUGGGAUUCGGCCUCAUGGGCCUCUCCGCCUUCUACGGAACUCCCGAGCCUGACUCCUCACGCCUUGCCGUUCUGGACCGGGCCUACGAGCUCGGCGAGACCUUCUGGGACAGCGCGGACAUCUAUCAAGACUCCGAAGACCUGGUCGGGAAAUGGUUUGCCGCCAAUCCCGAAAAGAGAAAAGAUAUUUUCUUGGCUACGAAAUUCGCGAAUAGGCAUAUUGGGGAGGGGAAGGGACGGAUGGUGGACUCUAGCCCGGAGUACUGUAGGGAGGCGUGCGAGAAGAGUUUGAAGCGGUUGGGUGUGGAGAGUAUUGACUUGUAUUAUUGCCAUCGUGUGGAUAUGACGACGCCGAUUGAGAAGACGGUCGAGGCGCUGGCGCAGUUGAAGAAGGAGGGUAAGAUAAAGUACAUCGGGCUCUCAGAGAUUUCAUCUGAUACCCUCCGACGAGCAUGUAAGGUCCAUCACAUAGAUGCCGUUCAAAUCGAAUUCUCUCCCUUUGCAAUCGACAUCGAAACUCCCCAGAUUAACCUCCUGAAAACAUGCCGCGAGCUCGGCGUAGCAGUCGUCGCCUACUCUCCCCUGGGUCGCGGCAUGUUGACAGGAGCCUACACCUCACCCGCCGAUUUCGAAGAAGGCGAUUUCCGCAAAUACGCACCGCGGUUCUCGAAGGAGAAUUUCCCGAAGAACCUAAAGCUUGUCGAAGAGCUGCAGAAGAUUGCAAAGAAGAAGAAUUGCACGGCUGGUCAAUUGACGUUGGCUUGGUUACUGGCGCAGGGAGAAGAUAUUAUUCCGAUUCCGGGGACAAAGAAGAUUAAAUAUCUUGAGGAGAAUCUUGGGGCUCUGGAAGUGCAGUUGAGUGGGGGGGAGGAGAAGGAGAUUAGAGCCUUGGUUGAAGGGGCUGAGGUUCAUGGGUUGAGGUAUCCGGAGGUUAUGGUUGGGCAUUUGUUUGCUGCUACGCCGGCGUUGAAGGCCUAGUCUAGGCUGAGAUAUGCGGCUCAGAGGGACAGCAAUGAGAGUACGAAAACUAUAUGAUAAUCUUGGCCUGGCCUGUGUGUGAAGUUUCGAAAGGAGGGGCUGCAGGCUGAUGGGUUGACGACCAAUUUUCAUCUCGGGGAACCUUUC